AGGGUUAACGCUGCUGUGUGCCAAGGGGGAUAAGUUUGUUUACACGUUGAGUGAUCGCUUUCUUGUUUGUAUCGUCACGUCGACUGCUACGACGUGCUCAGGGGGCCACGGAGCGGCUCAGCGGUCAAUGAGUAGCCAAAUAAAUUGCAUUAGGAAAUCGAUGUGCUUAUUGACAGAUUAUAUUAGAUCUAUCUAUUGUUGCGUAGCAUCGCUUUUACAUUGCAACCAUCGGAUCAAUUCCGUGCAUUUUAACUCUUUAAAGUUGACGAGUGUUCAUUCAGCUUCCAAAUGGAAAUCCAGUUUUCGAAAGGGACUGUCAUUCUGUCGAUCUGCUUCAUCUGUGUCUCCUAUUUGUUUUACACGUAUUCCGAAGAUCAAGAUUUGCCUGAUGAAAGAUAUGUGAUCGAUUCAUGGACAAAACUGGUUAAUCUGCCCCCUAAUCAGUUCAAGCGGCUUGCUGUUGGCAUCAACUCUAACAUCGAUGUCAUUGUCUCGGGCACAGAGCUUUUAAAUACUCUUCAUAUCUCUCCUGCUAAGCGAAAAGAUCAUGCCACCAUCAACAACAUCGGGCAGCUGCAAGAAGCGUUUGCCUACUUCUUUGCUAAAGGUGGUGCUGCUGAACGUCCAUUUACAGAUAAGGCGGAGUAUCAAAGGAUCAUUCAAGCAGCCGAAACUUUAGGUCAUGUUGAGCACUACAUUGGAGGGAAUGCUGGUCUUAUGGCAUAUACAGCGUCUAACCUUUUUCCAGACUUGAAAAUCCUGUUUGCUGGACCUGUGGGCCCCUUACUGGAGAGCUUGAUGCCCAAGACCCUUGAGAUCCCAUCUUCAUGCAAAAUUGCCAGAGAUGAAGUCCACCUAAUCAUGGAGUAUAAAGUUGGAGAGAAAUGGGGGGAUGCUGAAGCAUCUGUUGCUACCAGAUUCAUAGCCACCUAUGAUGAAUCUAAUUCGAAAAGUUUGAUGUUGGAGCCUUUUUUUGAAAGCCUGAAAGCUUUCAAGCCAGAUUUAAUUCUUUUAUCAGGUUUGAAUAUUUUGGAUGGUCAGACUCCAGAGUUCUUUCAGCAACGUUUAGAGAAAUUAAUCACUUUGUCUAAAGAAGUUCCUUCAACGACACCUAUUCACCUUGAGCUUGCCAGCAUGGCGAACAAGAACUUUGUGAAAGAAAUUGUCGAAAAGGUUGUCCCAAAUGUGGACUCCCUGGGCCUCAAUGAGCAAGAACUGGUGUUCUCUUCAAAAGCUUUGAAUGGGCCUCACUCAGACCACCUGGAUGGAGACAGUGGUCAACCAGACAUCCACAAGAUAUCAGAUAUUAUGUUAUGGAUGCUGAAAAGUUACGGUCGUUCACCUAAGUCUCCUACAGCCAGGCUGACAAGAGUACAUUUUCAUUCCCUCACCUUCCACAUAGUGGCGGUAGCAGAGGGUACAUGGUCCAAUGUGGAUGAGGCAGCUGCUGCUGGUGCACAGGUAGCUGGGCUCCAGGCCUGCGAUGUAGCUCAACUCCAAAGUGAUAUUGUUGAGCUAAAGAUACCUCGCAAAUUCCACCUGUACUCUGGUGAUGUGGAAAGAGAGUUGGAUCCUCGCAGUCCUGUCAUGCAGUGGCAGAAAGAUGGGUACAUGUUUGUGUUUAGUCCUGUGUUAGUGUGUAAAAGACCUGUGAAAACUGUUGGUUUGGGAGAUGCGAUAUCUGCCACUGGCCUGGUGUACUCUCAGUUCUCAAAAUGAGUGGCAGUCUCCCGUGCUUGAUGCUGAUAUUAUUCAACUGUUUCCCUUUUGAGCCAGCCGGUAUUGAAUUAACAAAGUAGCAUUGUAGAGUGAAAACUGAGCUUUAUUUCACAAACUCUGGUAUAUGCUUUUUAGAAUUUAUUAUUGCCUUGAAAUUUGAUUAUAUUCUUCUUAUUGUUAUCAUUAUUAUU